AUGCAGGUCAGAAAGCCACACACAGUGUUGACCCCAUUUCCAGUUCAAGGUCAUAUAAGCUCUUUGUUCCGACUAGCAAAGUUGCUUCAUCUUAGAGACUUUCGCAUUACCUUUGUCGACACUGAAUACAACUACAAACGCUUGCUCAAUUCAAGAGGUCUUAAAGCCCUUGAUGGCAUUCCAGAAUUUCAUUUUGAGACCAUCCCAGAUGGUUUUCCUCCCAAUGAUGAUGUUGAUGUCACUCAAGACGUAGUGGCCCUUUGUAAAUCAGUGACAGAGAACUUUUUCCUACCCUUUCGUGAACUUCUUGCUAGACUCUAUGAUUCUGCCACUGCCGGCAUUAUACCUCCAAUUACUUGCUUGGUUUCUGAUUUGUCCAUGACUUUUACUACACAAGCUGUUCAUGAACUAGCACUCCCUAUUGUUCUAUUUUCACCUGCUAGUGCCUGCAACUUAAUGGCUACUUUGCACUACCGUGAGCAUUAUGAUAAAGGUCUCAUACCACUCAAAGGUAUAUACGAUAUAUCUAAAAUUACUGAUGAAGGUGUCACUGUUUUCCCACCAUUCUCUUUGAAAACGUAUUGGGAGUUCUCUCGCCUUCAAGAAUCCUACUAUGGGCGCUAA